AUGCCUCCCGUUGAACUACCUUUAUUACCCCAGAGGUCCCAUGGGAAAACCAUUUCUAACGACCAGUUCAGCCGCAAGAAACUCCGGACUAUCCUCCAUUUGAUAACGGGCGAGUUAAAACUGAGAGGAACAAAAACUCCACACAUCUUUCUUCCGUUCCGGUCUCGUGUAAGCGAUGAAAAGUUAAACAAAUUCCUUCAAUUUCUCUUUCCUCGUGGCGAGUUAAUCUAUGCCGCAGCUCACGAAGAUCAACUUAAACGUCAAAUAUCCGAGACUGAUGAGUUCACAUUAAUAGCAGCACUCAAAUACUUUUGGAGUAGGCUACCCAAUAAUGAAAUCAUGGGGUGGAAUGUCUAUCUAGAAUUUAAACGGAGAGAAAAGGAAGCUGGCUAUCCGAAAUCAGCAUUCCUUACCAUCAUGCCUAAAUGCUUACUGUCUCCGGCCCAUGCUUCCAUAGUUUAUGAUUUCCUUGAUUUGAUAAUCAGUAUCGCCUCCAAUUCCCAGUAUAAUUAUUUGAGUGGACGUAAAAUUGCAAAAAUGUCCAGUUUGUGGGCUUUUAACCAUCUGAAUGUCAAGGAUCACAAGAACGGUGCCUUCUAUGAUGCAACUCAUAUCAACGAGAAUAACUUCUUACAAGGUUUAGACGCAUGGAAAGGUUAUCUGGAUGCAUUGUUCCAUCUCAUAUUAUCUUUCCUUCGAGCCAUGCUUCCGGAUACCGAGAAGGAAGCACUUAGACUUCCGAAAACAUUACAAUCUCUUCUCAUAACUUGUUCAUAUCCACCCACACUGAACACAGACUCGUUAAAGGCUUCGAUAACGAUUCCUUGUAUCUGCGUUCAUUCCACACGUGUUUCUAAAACCCCAUACGAGUUGAUAUCCAAGGUAAAUCGAACGCUCUCAUUCGAAAAGAAAGAUAAGUUCCUUUCCAUAGAGAACUUCACCAUAUUAAAGAAUAUUUUCCAGAAAGAAUCAACAGAAGAAAUAGUCAACUCCUUGACAGAAGAAUCACGAAGAAUCCUCAACAGAAUUACUCAAGAACCGGUUGAUUCACAAUUCGAAUUGGUUCCUGGUUGGUCUCGACACUUUUCCAAGCCUGAUCCUGAUAUUCCAAACUAUUCAACUAUCACAAUAGAAAAUGUAACCCUUCAAGACUAUUACAUAUGGGCCUGGUUAUCAACAUUAUCCUCGGAUCAAAGCGAUCCCAUGAAGAAACUCUUUGGGAGAUCAUUGGUAGUUGAAGCAGGCUUGCGAGGGUUCCAAAAAUGGUUAAUUGUAACUGAAUCCCGAAUGACAACUGAAGAAUACCUUUCAUUGUUCAAGAAAGUGGGUUCUCCAACUCUGGAAAUAAUUGGACCUCCACUUCCUAUUACAAAAGAUGGAAAGAAAUCAAAAGAAAGGAGAAGGAUCAAGAUCUCCUCAGCAUCAGCAACAAAAACACAACCUGAUAAAUCAUAUAAGAAAAAAAGCAUGCCUCCAUUACCUGAAGACUCAGGCUUCUUACCACAAUACAAUUUUAAUGAUGGAGAUGCAAAAUUAGACUUAAGCUUUGAAAGCUCUCUGGAUGUUGAUUCCGUUGUUUCUGAUAGCACACCUUCACCACAAGCAAAACCACAAUCUGAAUUGAAAGAUUACAAUGCCUAUUUGGAGAAUCUCAGUGAUGAUACUUCCGAUUCAGCCUAUAGCAAAUCCAAAAGCACGUCACCCAAUGCCAUACGCCAUGGUAGAAGAAAACCUCCCCCAUUAUCUAUAAUUGGACCAUUACCAUCAUCAAGUGAAAUGGAGCAUAAUAACAAAGCCGGUGAACGGCAUACAGCAAAUGGAGCUAGCCCGCCUUCCAAAGAUAGAUAUCAAGCUCGCCCAUAUCAAUACUCUAGCUUGUUGGAUCCCCCCAAGACCCAGUCUUCUAAUGUGCGAGACUAUCAGGAACCUUUUGAUUCACAUGAAGUACCGUACAACAAACUUGUGGCCAGAAAGUUACCCCCAGAUGGAGAACGACCAACUGAAAAUUAUCAUGUCAUGGGUCUUAAUCAAAAGAUCGAUUCAACUAGCAGUCUCUCUGAUAUUGACGAUACCGAAAUGAAUAAAGAGAAUAAGACAUUAUUGGAUGCCAAAGCUCAAGUUCAACCCCAACCUCAAAGGCAACCAGCUUCAAAAAUACCUUCGCCCACUGUGGACGACCAGUUUUCACCCGAAAGCGGCAUGAAGGUAUUACAGGAGGCUAUGGAAUCAUCAUCACAUAAAGUUAACUCCUCUAAAAAGAAAACAAAGAGCUCUAGCUUUCAGCAUGGCUUUGAUAUGUCAAAUCUUCCUCCAGGACCUCCACCACCACUUACAAUAUCUUUCGAAGGAAGCGCAAGUCAUAUGAGUCCUCCCGUGGCCCCACAUGCUUCAUUCUUCCCAUCUAGUCCAGUAAUUAGUGUCGAAAAGAAGCCAGGAAAGGGCUGUACUUCUUCCUCAUUACUCCCUGACUCAACUUCCCCAACCCUCCAGGAGAUGAAACGGUUUACUACUGAUGACUUCCAACUGCAUGUUCCAAGUGAUACUAAUUCGCCCGUGAUGAUGCCCCCUCAUUCGGGUCAACACAGUAACAUAGGUACCGGUAACAGCAGUGUUGAAAAGCUUCCAUCAGCUCCAGAGACGACAAAUAUCAAUGAUGGAAGAAAUGGUAUCCCACCACAAUAUUCUCGUGAUCGUGAGUUACCAUCUACCCCAAGAGAUUCCGUCUCAGAUUCAAGAAGUAGCAAUAAUUUGUCCCUUCGUAACGCUUCACCGUCUAGCCUGUCCACCAUUCCUGCUAGUGCUCAAAAGAGCCCCACGGAGAUCCCGGACUCCAAGGCUAAUGCUUAUCAUUCAAAGCAAUACUCUCCACAAUAUGCUAAUAUUAACGGAGGAUACCAAAUUCCACCAUCACAUCACGCAUCACAUCAAAAACAGCAACGCCAUAAACAAACAGAACAACAACCAGUUGUAACACCAACUGACUCUACAAAUACAUCACCUACAAGACCAUCCGAUAUCUCCACAUCUCGUCAUGCAAACCCAAAUCCGAGCCCAAUGUACCCUGGCCAAACAGGUGUCCCGUCUGCACCGGCCCAAGCUCCAGGAUAUCCCGGAUACCCACCACCACCUGCCAACUAUGGAUAUCCACAACAUCCUCCAUAUACUGGGUACCCACCUCAACAACAAUACCCCCAAACUCAACAUCAACAACAUCAGCAGCCAGGAUCGAACCCCUUACAUCGGAAAUCUGGCCAACCUGUACCAUCUGCUGGAUCCAGUGCUCGUGGAUCUCAUCAACGUAUAUCCCAAGCAUCUGAUACUUCUGGACCAUCGUCAAAACGUUCCACACCAACUAUCCCCCAGAACCCAUACCAACAUCAACAACAUCAACAACAUCAACAACCCUCAGGCCACAUGCCACCAUCAAACGGUGCUGCUCCUGCUCCUGGUGCCCCUGCCCCUGGAUAUCCUCCUUACUACUACUAUCCACCUCCUCCAGCAGGAUACCCACCUCCUCCAGCAGGAUACCCCCCACCCCAACCAGGACAACCCUAUGGAUACCCACCUAUACCUCAACAAUAUCCGUAUCCAUAUCCGUACGGGUAUCCACCCUAUGGGUACCCUUCUCAAGCACCUGUGGCACCUAUGGCUGCAAAAGAAGAGAAACCAGAAAAGGCACGUGCAAGCGACGUAUCUAUGAGUGGUAUCCCUAAUGCUGGUAGACACAAUAAGAACAAUCCCAUUAACCGGGCUGGAUUACGGAAUGCGUUCCAGAAGGACUUUGGUAUUUAG